GGGAGGGGGCGGCGGGCGCGCCGCCUGCGCCGGAAGUGAGUGGCGGGUGGCGGGCGGGGGCGCGAGCGGCCCUGCGCGAGUCGGCCCUCGGGCCUGCCGCCCGGCCCUCAUCCCCGCCUUCUGCGUCUCGGCCGGACGCGGCGGCUCUGAGCUCGGCCGCCGCUGGGCUCUGCGGCCACCCCGCCCGCCGCUCGCUCCCGCCCCGCCCCGCCCAACUCCGCGCGUCGGUCAGUCAGUCAGUCAGUCAGUCAGUCACGGAGCGCGCGGCGCGGGACCUGCGGGCGCUCGCGGCGUCUCCGGGCAGGGAGCGCCGCGCCCGAGGAGGAGGCGGCGGCCGAAGGACCGCAAGCGGCGGCUGCCCAGCCCGGGGCUGCCGGAGGACCGAGCUGCUGCCGCGAUAAUUUGUUUCAAGAGAUGUAACAAAUACAACAGAAAUCCUCCCCAGAUGGAGCAGCUCUCAGAUGAAGAAAUUGACCAUGGUGCUGAGGAAGAUAGUGACAAGGAAGAUCAGGACUUGGACAAAAUGUUUGGAGCCUGGCUGGGGGAGCUGGACAAACUAACUCAGAGUUUGGAUUCUGACAAGCCCAUGGAACCAGUGAAAAGAUCUCCUCUUCGCCAGGAAACAAACAUGGCCAAUUUUUCUUAUCGCUUCUCCAUAUACAACUUGAAUGAAGCUCUAAAUCAGGGAGAAACUGUGGAUCUGGAUGCCCUGAUGGCCGACCUUUGCUCAAUAGAGCAGGAACUCAGCAGUAUUGGUGCAGGAAAUAGUAAGCAUCAAAUCACAGAGACAAAAGCCACCCAGAGAUUACCUGCCAGCCGACAUACAUCAAAACAUGGCACUUUGAAAGGAUUGUCUUCUUCAUCAAAUAGGAUAACUAAACCAUCACAUGCCAACUACUCCCUGGAUGACAUCACUGCACAAUUAGAGCAGGCCUCCUUGAGCAUGGAUGAGGCUGCUCAGCAGUCUGUACUAGAUACUAAGCCUUUAGUAACAAAUCAGCACAGAAGAACGGCAUCAGCAGGCACAGUGAGUGACGCUGACGCACGCUCUGUUAGUAACUCCUCUCGUUCCAGCAUCACCUCUGCAGCCUCCAGCAUGGACUCUUUGGAUAUUGAUAAAGUAACACGCCCUCAGGAACUGGAUUUGACACAUCAAGGGCAGCCAAUUACUGAGCAUGCUAUUUCUCUGAGAUGUCCCAGCAAGCAGGCCAAGCGUCAUAUUGACCUCACAGAAGAACAGGCUGAUCUGACACCUCACCCCUAUCUGGACAGGGAAACCUCCCUUCUUCUGAGAAACAUUGCAGGAAAACCUUCUCAUUUGCUGACCAAGGAAGAACAGGCAGCAAAAUUGAAAGCUGAGAAGAUCAGAGUUGCCCUGGAGAAAAUUAAAGAGGCACAAGUGAAAAAGCUGGUGAUUAGGGUGCACAUGUCUGAUGACAGUUCUAAAACAAUGAUGGUGGAUGAGAGGCAGACAGUGAGACAAGUGCUGGAUAACCUGAUGGACAAAUCCCACUGCAGUUACAGCUUAGACUGGUCGCUGGUGGAAACCAUUUCUGAGUUACAAAUGGAGAGAAUCUUUGAAGACCAUGAAAACUUGGUUGAAAAUCUUCUUAAUUGGACAAGAGAUAGCCAAAACAAGCUUAUAUUUAUGGAGCGUAUAGAAAAAUAUGCACUUUUCAAAAACCCACAGAAUUAUCUUCUGGGGAAAAAGGAAACAGCUGAGAUGGCAGAUAGAAACAAAGAAGUACUGCUAGAGGAAUGUUUUUGUGGAAGUUCUGUAACUGUACCAGAAAUUGAAGGCAUCCUUUGGUUGAAGGAUGAUGGCAAAAAGUCCUGGAAAAAGCGUUAUUUUCUCUUGAGAGCAUCUGGUAUCUACUAUGUCCCCAAAGGAAAAGCAAAGGUCUCUCGGGAUCUGGUGUGUUUUCUCCAGCUGGAUCAUGUUAACGUUUAUUAUGGACAGGAUUAUCGGAACAAAUACAAAGCACCUACAGAUCAUUGUCUGGUGCUAAAGCACCCACAGAUUCAGAAGAAAUCUCAGUACAUCAAAUACCUUUGUUGUGAUGAUUUGAGGACCCUACACCAGUGGGUCAAUGGUAUCCGCAUAGCAAAGUACGGGAAGCAGCUGUAUGUGAACUAUCAAGAAGCUGUGAAGAGGACAGAGGCAGCGUACGAUUGGACUUCCUUAUCCAGCUCUAGCAUUAAGUCAGGAUCCAGUUCUUCCAGCAUCCCAGAGUCUCAGUCCAAUCACUCUAAUCAAUCUGAUAGUGGAGUGUCUGACACCCAGCCAGCAGGACACAUCCGUUCCCAAAGCAUUGUGAGCUCCAUCUUCUCUGAAGCUUGGAAACGAGGCACUCAGUUGGAAGAGUCGAACAAGGCCAGGAUGGAGUCAACGAAUCGGCCCUACACUUCACUUAUGCCCCCCGUGUCCCCACAGCCUAAGCUGGUCAGCCCCUACUCCGCCUCGCAGCCUUCGCCCCCCCUGCCACCCCCGCCCCCUCCCCCGCCGCCGCCGCCGCCGCCGCCCCCCCCACCGCCGCCCCCCUUGCCCAGCCAGGCCGCCCCGUCCGCAGGCUCCGCGGCCUCCAUGUUCGUCAAGUACAGCACUAUAACCAGGCUGCAGAACGCUUCUCAGCAUUCGGGGCCUCUGUUCAAGCCUCCGCCCCCCUCCGCGCUGCAGUCUCUCUCCACCCCACAGCCGGGCAAACCUCAGAUACCGGUGCCCCCCAGUGGCGCUGUGCCCCCACCCCCGCCCCCACCGCCGCCCCCCACCCCCGGCUCCGCUAUGGCCCAGCUGAAGCCCGCGCCCUGCGGCCCGGGCCUCCCGCCCUUCAGCCCCCCAGCCCCGCCGCUAAAGAUCCAUCAUGUCCAGCACGGUACCCCGCCGGUGCCCCCCACGCCCCCGCCACCUGCUCCCACGCCGCCCCCUCCCCAAGCGCCCCCAAAGCCCCUUGUGACCGUACCCCCGCCGACCAGCGCCAAGACUGUGCCGCCCUUGGUGACACAAGCGGUGACCCCGACACCCCCGCCUCCAGCCCCCGCAGCCAAGAAGCAGCCGGCGGUUCCUGCUUCGCACAUCCCGCCCUCUCCCGCCGCCCCUCCCGGGCCGGUCCCCCCGCCGACACUGCCCAAGCAGCAGAGCUUCUGUGUGAAACCGCCUCCCUCGCCGCUGUCCCCGGGGCCCUCGGUCGUGAGGCAGCUGGCCAGCCAGUUUCCCCCGCCUCCAACCCCUCCGCCGGGGGAGUCGCCGCCCCCGAAGGCCCCCUCAGCCAGCGCGGCCCCGCAGUCCCCACCUGCUGUAAAGGCUAAGCCCAAGUGGCAGCCCAGCUCCAUCCCCGCCCCCUCCCCGGACUUCCCUCCGCCCCCCCCUGAGAGCUGCCUGGUGUUCCCGCCGCCUCCUCCCCCUCCAGCCCCAGCCCCGCCACCGCCGCCAGCGACACCCACGGCCUCGCCUGGCCCCGACAGAAGUGCUUCUCCGGGCAAGAAGAGCGUCAAGACGUCCAGCCCCGGGGGGAAGAAACCUCCCCCGACCCCGCAGCGGAACUCCAGCAUUAAGUCCAGCGCUUGCGCAGAGCACCCUGAGCCCAAGAGACCCUCAGUAGACAGUCUAGUCAGCAAGUUUGCCGCGCCAGCAGAACCCUCCGGGUCUCCCAGCAAAGAGACCGCACCGCCUCCCGCAGCGCCCCCCAAGCCUGGAAAACUCAGUCUUUCUGGAGUUAACCUUCCCGGAGUGCUCCAGCCAGGCUGUGAGCCCGCAAAGGCGCCCCUUCCCAGCGGGCCCGGCAAGGACUCCGUGCUGGAAUUUCCCUCUCCUCCAUCAGAUUCCGACUUCCCACCCCCUCCGCCGGAAACAGAGCUCCCACUGCCCCCCGUGGAGAUCCCUGCCGUAUUCUCGGGCAACACCUCUCCCAAAGUGGCAGUCGUUAACCCGCAACCCCAGCCGUGGUCCAGGACGGCAGGGAGGAAGGCGCCCCCGCCCACACGGCCCAAACGGAAUGACAGCACCCGCCUCACUCAAGCAGAGAUCCCCGAGCAGCCGGCGGCGGCGCCAGCAGUGCCUCAAGUGCCCACCUCUCCCAAACCCAGCCUCAGCGUCCGUCCCGGGUUCCUAGCUGACCUCAACCGGACGCUGCAGCGCAAGUCCGUGACCCGGCACGGCUCGCUCUGCUCCUCACGCGCGCCCAGGGCAGAGCCCACGGCCACCAUGGACGACAUGGCCCUGCCCCCGCCGCCCCCCGAACUGCUUUCCGACCAACAGAAAGCUGGUUACGGAGGCAGUCACAUAUCAGGCUAUGCGACAUUGCGGAGAGGACCCCCACCUGCUCCCCCCAAGAGAGACCAGAGCACCAAGCUCUCGAGAGACUGGUAGCUACCACAGAACUGCUGUUUCCUGGUCUCUGUAUCAGUGCUACAAUCAGCUCACCUGAUGGUCUGGAAUUCAGGUGUUCAGAGCCUCCUAGUAUGUUGUUAUUCAGGUAGUGCCCAAGAUAGGUGUGCGUGCGUGUAUGUACACACAGAGCUAUAUAGUGUAUGUAUAUAUAUGUAUACAUAUAUCUAUGUGCAUAUGUGUGUGUGUGUGUAUAUAUAUACAUAUAUAUAUGUAUAUAUAUACACACACAUAUAUAUAUAUGGCUGAGAGUGACUCUAUUUAUUCCUUUUCUCUCCUAAACUGAAAAUGGUUUUGUGUCUUUCUGGUGGAAGAGGCAUGGAAGGGGAUGUGUGUCCUGUCCCUAUGAUUUCUAUUAUGUGGGUUGGACCAAAAACUUCUAAUGACUUAACUUAGAAGGUAUUUUCUAAGUGUCCCGUGUGCGGCCCCUCUGUGCAUGUUGUGUAUUAUAUAAUAAGGAAUUGAUGUAUAAUGUGCUGUUUCUCAGUUUGAGAAGACAACCAGAAUGUUUGGUGUCGUAUCUAUGGGGUUUUUGUGUUUGUACUUUUCCCCAGUUGGCUGAAGUUAGAACUCCUUGACCCGCACUUCAUGACCAUCCGUUAACCGGGCACUUCAAAUCAGGAACACCUCUCCCUCUCCUCAUCACAGGGGCACAUCGUGCAGCCUGGGGAAAUUUGGCAGCCACGCUCUGCACGUGGUUGUGCACAGGGAGUAAAGCACCUGGUGUAACUAAACCAUUCUGGUUGCACUGCCGCCACCGCGGCCACUUGCACUUAGAAUGUGUUGUCGCAGGUAAGCUCUUUGCCACAAUACAUGGAUUUGUACUAUACUCGUGGAUGGUUCUUUCUGUUCUGCUGGAACGCUUUUCACGAGCUUUGUGAAGCUUUAUCAAGUUCAGCUUCAUGGUCCAUGCUUUUUGAUUGUAAGAAAAUAUCCAAUACAAUCCCCCUGGAAUGCUCUGCCCCAGUAUGUGUUUAGGUGACCAGUUAUCUUCUUACAGUGUUUGCUUUAGGUAGAUGUUGCUACUUGGUAUCUAUAGGCAGUUGCUGUUAUCAAAUACACACAUCAUGUCCGGUACAGUGCAUCAUUACAAAAUCACCUUCUGAAAGUGUCUUGCUUGUGCGUUGCUCUCUAGGAGGAUGGGUGGUCAGAGAACAGAACUGGCACCUGUGCAGGUGCGAUAAUCAGGCUGUAAAUGGAUUGUAAUGUGUAAUACAAAGAAUUUAUUUACAUAUGGGACUAUCACAGAGAGAGGGAAAAAUAAGAAAUGCUGCUUUCGUCAGUUUCAUCCAUAGCUACGGGAGCGCACGCGCUAGGAUCCUUGCUUUGUGGUGGCCUGGCUGUGGAGGUCUGUCCAGGUAUCAGGUGUCCCGAUGGAGCGGGGUAGUCCAGGGACAGAAGUGACGUCACACACUAUGCACAUGCGAUUGGGUAGCACCGGAGUGUCGCCCUAAUAGUGCACUGUCCCUGUGCGCUUCACACACUUCUCAUGCUUUGUUUCCUAUGAAUUUUCCUUGGUAUGUGAGAGAAAUGGGCCCUGUCUCAUCAAUUUAGGAUACAUUGACCAUUGAAAAUAAAAUGCAGUCUCAGAGCUGCUCUUAAGAGAAUAAAAAUCAGCCAUCCCAGCAGUGAUAAAUGAGCACACCUUGUAGUGAAAGCCCCUACCUGUGGUGAAUGAUUAUCAGUGCAAACUGCAAAAAUAUUUGACACUGCCCUAUCAGGAAAAUGUGAUGCUAAUACAAUGGGGUAAAGAGAGUAAAUAAUUCAAGAAUGAUCAAGUUGUACUGUACACAAGCUAUCCCUAUAACCUGUCCAAGUACUGCAUCGAGAGGAAGUGGCACUGUUCACUGUCACACACAUCCAGGAUAGUGUUCAGUAUUUUCCUUUGGUUAAAGAGCAAUAAGAAUAUGUGUCGUGCACUUUUUUUUUAAAGCCCUGGCUUCUUUAAAAGAUACUUCUGUAUCUUUUCAAUUGUUCUCAGUUCCCUGUGCUUGAUAUUGUUAUGCUUAUGAAGUGACCUUUAACACAAUUGCCAUCAUUAGUUUAAGCAUGCACAGCAAUUUGGGUAACAUUCGAGUACAGAUUGUGAACGCUCCGCUGUGACUACAGUGAAGUUAUUUCCCAUAAUCCUCUGCCUGCAGCCUUACGGUCUAAGAAUCACCCUUAUUUGUGGGGUAAAGAAUUACUAAGAAUGUGAAUCCAAUGACAUAAAUAUUCAUCACUAGAGUUUUUUUUUGUGGUGGUGGUGGUGGUGUUUUAUAUGAAGGUGGAAAACAUGAACUUUCCUUGAGGGAAAAAAUAAUGUGUCCUCAGACUUCCUUUACCCAUAGUUUGAGCCCUAAGGUGCCAUCUUUGUUAAGUGGGGUAUUUCCUGGGACUUACUGUGUCGCUCCUAAUGAGAGCCACCCUGAACUGAUGCUUCUAGUGCGUCCUCUUCCUGAAAGAGCAUUCUUUAGAACACUAGGGACACACCAAAAAGAGCAGGGCCAGCCAGAGGAGAACUUGUCAUUUUUACCCCAGUCCAGUGUCUUGCCUGAAACAGGCUGUUUCCCUUUACAUUUCUCCAAAGAUAGAAAGGCUAUUAAUCAACUUUUCCUUUGUUAUGUGUGAAACUGAAUACAAAAAUUAUAUUUCUAUUUUUUAUUUCUAGUGUUUUAUUUUCUAGUGGGUUUUUUAAUUUUCUUAAUUUGGACUUUUGUUGGGACGUAGUUUUGUGGGGUUUUUUUUUUUCCUUUUUCUGAGACUUCGCUGUUACUUGUGUAGAUCUUUUUUCUCUGGUGUGUUCAUGGAAAACACCUACUGCCAGAUGACACUGGCACUGUGCCUUCUUUCACUGCCUUCUGCCCCACAGCUCUAACCCAGCACAGCUUCUUCAGGUCAGAGAAAGAAUCUGGACAGCUGACUUGGCUGUACUGUUCUGAGCAGCAUCCACGGGCUCCUCCCAUGAGGGCAGUGUGAACAGGCGCCCAUUAGAGCUAGUGACUUGCUUAACUAGUGAUGCCCUUAACUUUUACUGUAGAUACUUUCGAAAUUGGAUCCACUAUGCUUCAAGUUUAGGCACUAAUUCUGAAGACAACAGAGCCUAUCCUCUGUUAACAAAACAACUUACACCAGGUUUACAGGUAAUAAUAUAAAUGUUAGACUAUUCUGUAUUGAAAUUGAACAGCUUGGCUUUUACUACUCAGAUAAAUAUACUUACUUUUCUUAGCUGCUGUAAUUCUCACCUGGGAAAAGUAACUAUUCUUAAGGCUUUCAUAGAUACCUGCUUAACUAUAAACUUAAUCUUUUUUAACUUAUGAGAACUCUUUAAAUGAGAAACUCUUAAAAAUGAGAACUCUUUAAAAUAAGACCGCUCAAUGGCUCUUAAGUUACAGGAAAUGAUUACACGAGAAUUUUAAAUAAGUAAUGUAGACAUGAUGGUAUUUUACAGUCCCCUCAAAUCAAGGUGCUCCUGCCAACCAAUGCAUAUUCUGCUACAGGCUGUGAACAGGCUUAGAAGUCCCCUCUGUGUAGUUUACUGGCCACUGAAAGCGAUGCAGACUUCAAGAAAGUUUAAACAAAACUGGGGGAUCAUGAAUAAUUCCAGUACAGUGACAACUCUAAGAUCAAAACUGCUAAUAAGCGUGUGUCAAGGCUGUAAGGUUAUAAAUUAGCCUGAAAAAAUUUUCAGGUAAUGGUAUGGAUUGGUUUGACUAGCAGACCACCAACAGAACCCUUUGUCACUUUUUUUUCCUCAGCUAAGAACAAUUUUAUGUUACAGAUACAAGGUGAUUGUAAAUAAGUAAAAAAAACCUUUUCCUACUUUUAUACUUUAUUACCUUACUUUUUCAUAUACCUUAAAACUGAUGCAAUCUCACAGAUUUUAUUCAAGUUUAGACCAAUUAAACAUGUAGAGGUAUAAUAACUGGCCUGAAAUAGGUAUAAUAAUGUGGAUUUAAACACUUGAUGAAAGAAUGUCUAUUUCUAAAAAUCACCUUAAGUUCCAAGAACUUGUGGCACUUUGAAUUUUUAUAUACUUUCUGUCAUUCAUAUAAAGCAGGUUACCCUAACCCUGUAGGAAUAUGUGACCCCUUACAAAGCUGAGAUUCGAUCCACAUAAAUAUAGAAUUAAAUAUCCUAUCUUUUCAAAUUGUUUUCCUUUAAAAAUUUAAACAGAAGAACAUUUGUACAACUUUACCAGUCUUAUCCUUCAAACAAAUGCUUAGUUCUUACUGUAUCCUUGAAAGGCAUAUAUAUGUAAAAGAAAUCUGAAAUUUAGCUGUAAAAUAAAAAUAAGCAAAAUAUACUUGAUAAAAACUUGAAGAAAAAAUCUAACAACUGGUUUGCUCUCUGAUGUUGAAGGACUAACCCAUUUAGAGGAGAAGAUGGUGUCUGCUAUAAUCCCCAGUGCCUUGCUCUUUUAGAGGACUAGCAUUAAAAACACAAACCCAACAAGCAAUCUUUGAGGUGCUAAUGAGAGAGAACUUGAGUGUUUCUGGUUUGCACAGAAAGAGAAAAAGUGACUGUCUCACAGGAGAUGAUUUCAUCUACCUAAAUGGGGUCUGGCCACUUUCUACCAAAGACAUUUAGAGGAGUGAGUCGAGUCAGGGUGGUGAGUGCUACUUACUUAAAGGAUGACUAAAGUUCAGAAGUGAACAGGUUGGUUAAGGAUGGCUAUUAAACCCAAGCUCAUAAUUGUUGAAGCCUCAACCUCUUUUUUCUUAGACAUGCAGCACUUAAAGAAAAAAAAAUCUUCGCAUUUGGAAACUGUCCAUUGUUUGUUAAGUUUAUUGUGACCUAAUACCAAAAACUGCCAUUUUUCAUGAUUGCCAUAUCCUAUAUUUUUUUCUCUACUGCUUGUAAAUAAUCCCUCCUAGAAAAUAAGCAUUAACUGGAAUGUUUCGAGUGAUUUUGCUUAAUUUUAUCAGCCACUAGUGAACUCCUCUUAUGGAUAUGUUAUUUAAAAUAUCAUUAGCUUGUGUUAAAUGUAAAAACACUGUUUACUGCUUUAAAAGGAAAAUUGCACAUUAUAUUUAACUGGGAUUGCUUCCUCUCUUCCCUUUCUUUAAAAAAUGGAGUCAAGGCUUAUGCUGACAUCUAGGCUGUGGCAGCUUUGCCAUAAAUAAAAUGUAGGAAUAUAGUUUUUUAAAGCAUGAAAAGGCAGAAGGGACCCGCAUCAUUAAGUACCCAAUAGAGGACAUUAUUCAAGUGAUUAUGUACAGCUUGGUAAAGAUGAAGUUGCAAUUUUUCUUUCAGCUUUGCUGCUCUCUUCUCUGCUUUAAUGUAUGCCCUCAUUUCAUUAUGUGCCUUGCUCCCUGACUGUACAGACCGAUAUAUAUAGAUAUAUAUGAGAGAGAGAUUCAGUACUACUGCUGAUGUUUUUGUUCUACUGCUGGAUUAAGUUAUUUUCCAAGUUAUUCUUGCCAGUUACUGUCAGCAAACUAUUGUAAUGGCUUAGGACAGUAGUCAUACAGUCAGUGUGAAUUUGUUUUUCAGUUACAUGUUUUCAUUAUGUCAGCUUACCCAGACCUUAAUAAAAAGAAUACACAGAUUUCAUUUAAA